CUAUUUUAUNUAAAACAGCAUUUCGAUGGUUAAGUUGUGCUUUAAUAUUCUCUAUUAAAAAUUAUGCGGAUAUUCUUAUACUUAUUACUACUCACUUCAGUUUCUGGUGAAGUCAUUAAUAUUGGUGCCAUAUUCGAAGAACAUUAUGAAUAUUUGCAAUGGGCUUUCAGAUUAGCCGUCGAUCAAAUAAAUAGCAAUGAAAGUAUUAUUAUGAAUAUGAGAAAUAUGAAAUUGAGGGCGUCCAUUGCUGUAGUUAAAAAGAACGAUGGAUUUUUCUCAGCUAAGAAAGCUUGUGAAAUGAUAAGUGAUGGAGUAGUGGCCAUUUUUGGUCCUCAGUCUGUGCGUGCUACAUCAUCCGUUCAAUCUAUAACGGAGUCUGCAGGCAUACCUCUACUUAUAAACCGUUGGGAAUAUCGCACUAAACCCAGUGAUACUACUGUAUUUUUGCAUCCCCACGCCGAUACAAAAGGGUUUGCAUUUAGAGAUUUUAUUGAGGCCAAACAAUGGAAAACGUUUGCCAUUAUAUAUCAAGAUCCGAAAGCAUUAAUUCGUCUAAAUGCACUCUUAACUGAGAAGAAAUUUAAGCAAAAUGGUAACAUGCUUAAUAUAUAUGUAAAACAAAUUGAUGGUCCCUCUCAACUUCAAAAGAUAUUUAAGGAAACCAAAAAAUUAAAUAUUAGAAACUAUUUAAUUGAUAUCCCUACUUCUGAUGUUAUUGAAGUAUUGGACCAGGCAGAAAAAAUGCAGAUGAUUGACAUAUAUCAUAAUUACUUCUUCACUUCUCUGGAUGUGCACACGUUGAAUUUUCAGAAGUUUAAUAAAUAUUGCAAUAUUACUAUGUUUCAAGUAGUAAAUAACACACAUUCCCAAUACAAGACGAUUCUGGAUGAACUUAAUAGAGAUGUCGUUCAUAUUGGUAUGAAAGAACAAACUGAACCGUAUCUGAAUACUACACAGUUUGCUCUUAUGUAUGACGCUGUCUAUUAUUUCAUUACGGCUUUAACACAACUUGGUCCUUAUUUUCGCCUAAAUCCAACACGACAAUCUUGUCAGUCUGAACAAAGUUGGGCACAGGGAAAAGUAAUUGUUGAUGCUAUGAAAUCGAUUAAUUACGAUGGAUUAACUGGAACUAUAAAAUUAGAUAAAAAUGGUUUUCGGACGGAUUUUCAUUUAAUAGAAACUCGUGUUUACUAUGGAAAUUUAAAAAUGGAUGGCAAAUGGGAUAAAAUAAAUAAAUUUACACAAAUUCAAACCAAAAAAGAAGAUUUAGAAGAAUCUAGCGAGAUUAUUUCUGGAAUGGUACUUAGAGUUUCAUCUAUUGAGAAUAAACCAUACUUCAUGAAAAGUGAAAAUUAUACAGAUGAUAAUCCACAAUAUACGGGUCAUUCUAUUGCUUUAGUGCAAAAACUGUCCGAAAUAGCUAAUUUUACUUUUAAAUUCCAUGAAGUAGGAGAUAAACAAUAUGGAAAGUUAGCAGGCAGUGAAUGGAAUGGAAUGAUUGGAGAANCAGCAUACAAUAAUUGCCUGGUAACAUGUAUGUUUUCUCCUGAUGCUUUCAUAUUUCUUGUAGAUAAAUUAAUAGACAAGGAUUUUCAAACUGAUGAAAAGUCCAUAAUGUCUCAAGAAAUCAGUAAAUCCAUCAUUGAUAAAGCUGAUAUGGUUGUAGCAGAUCUAACUGUAACACAAGAUAGACAAACUGCUGUAGAUUUUACUGGUCCUUACAUGACUUUAGGAAUUGGCAUUCUUUUCAAGAAACCAAGUAAAAAAGAUGACAAUUUAUUUUCUUUCUUAUCACCAUUUUCUGUACAAGUAUGGUUUUAUAUGGCUACUGCUAUUCUUGGAGUAACUAUUGUUAUGUAUGUUAUGGGAAGAUUUACACCAUAUGAAUGGGAAAAUCCUCAUCCUUGUGAUCAAAAUCCUGAAGAAUUAGAAAAUCAGUUUACAUUACAAGAAACAGCAUGGUUAGUUGUCGGUGGUCUUUUGCAACAAGGUGGUGAUAUUAACCCACUGGCAACAUCUACAAGGAUGGCUAUUGGCUAUUGGUGGUUCUUUACUUUAAUCAUGGUAUCAUCUUAUACUGCAAAUUUGGCAGCUUUCCUUACUGCAGGAAGAAUGGAAGCUGCAAUCAAAAGUGCAGAAGAUCUUGUAAAUCAGCAAAAAAUACAAUAUGGCUGUGUUGCGGGUGGUUCAACGGAAAAAUUUUUUAAAAGUUCUGAUCAUCCCUUAUAUAGUAGAAUGUGGACAACGAUGGAAUCUGCAGAACCAAAAGUUUUUGUAAAAAAUAAUGAUAAAGGAAAAGAAAGAGUAAAAAUGGGAAAUUAUGCAUUUUUCAUGGAAUCCACAACAAUUGAUUAUGCAACAGUUAGUGACUGUGAUUUUAUGCAAAUUGGUGAUACAUUAGAUGAGAAAAAUUAUGCUAUUGCUACACCAAAAGGUUCUCCUAUCAGAGAGAGUCUAUCUCAUUCUCUCCUAAAACUUCAAGAAUUAGGAAUUUUAAGAAUUUUAAAAGAUGAAUGGUGGAAAAGUGAUGUAGUAUGCCCAAAAGAAGAACCACCAUCAGAUACACUUGGUUUAGAAAACAUUGGUGGUGUAUUUUUAAUUUUAACCAUUGGUUUACCACUUGCCCUCAUUGCUGUAUUAGUUGAAUUCUAUUUGGAGAAAAGAAAGCUACCACGUGAAGAAAGAAAACCACUAUGCAUUGAAUUAUGCCAAGAAUUGAAAGCAACUGUGACAGGAAAGAAUACAGUAAAAGCUGCACCUGUAGAAGCUGAAGACGAAGAAAAAAUAAUAUCAUCAAAGCCAUCUAGCAGUACAUCGUCAUCAUCUACUGGAAAAUCAACUACAACAAAAGAAGCAUCCUCAUCAUCAUCAUCCAAAUAAAACUUUUCCUACAUAGCUAACAGAUUUAAAAUUCCACAUCUGAAUAACAGCUGUAUAAACUUGAGUCCCAAGACACACCUUCAGACAUUAAAGAAUACUUUCUGACAAUAAAAAUAGUACAUUCAUUCUCUGUAGAGAAUAGCAAACAUAUAUUUAAAAAAAUUUAUGAUUGAUAGUGUUGUUGAAAGACUUAAUUAACUAUUUGUCCUUGGGUAUAAAACAGAAAUAACACUGUUACGUAUUUUUCUAGUUUUUGUUAUGCAGUAUUUAUGUAUGCCACAUAAGAAAAUACAGAAUUCAAAUUUUAUUUAUGAAAAGUGAAUAGGGUCAAUGCAUAUAAGUUAAUCAUUUUAUUGAAAAUAUAUUAGCAACUUUUUUUAACAAACAUUUAUCAA